AUGUCAAAAGUGAAUGCUUCUGUCAAAUCCAAUAUGAAGGGCGUCAACAACUCAUCUACAUAUGCAUAUGAUAACGGGGAGAGAAGGAUUAUAGACCCGGUGGUGGCGAAGUUGAAGGAAGCUAGAAGAUUGGAAAAGGAAAAGAAAGAAAAGGAAUUAAGAGAAAAGAAGGGUUUGGCACCAAAAUCCAAACCAAAACCAAAACUUAAACUGACUAUACCUAUGAGGACUUCUGGUAAUAGUAAUCUCCCUAAGAAGGAUAAAUCCAAGAGUAAAUCACCGGUCAAAGAUGUCAAAAGUGUAGCACAACCUAGAAGACCAGUCACGAAAAUGAAUUUUAAUGACUUGAUGAAAAAGGCAACCUCAAUUGAUCAAUCUAAAUUGACAAUAUCAUUUAAAUCAAAAUCAAAAUCUCCAGAAAAUACCUCAACUUCAACGAGGGACAAAUACAAGCCAAAAUCAUCUUCUGAUAGAUCAUCAAAAGUCCAAAACUCAAAACCUCCAUUGAGAAAACCCAUGAGACCCGAAUCCAACCUGACAAAAGUUGACAUACCUGCUAAAUUGACAGCUCCAAUCCCUACCAGAAAACCAUCGGAGAAAUUGGCAGCUAAAUUGAAGCAAAAACAAGAAUCUAAACAAGAAGAAGAUUUUGAAUCAGAUAUGGAUUCAUUUAUUGCAUCAGAUGAAGAAGAUUACCAAAAAGAUGUUGGAUACGAUAGAGAUGAAAUCUGGAAGAUGUUCAAUAAAGGGAAAUCACGGUCAGACUUCCGAUAUGAUGAUUAUGAUUCUGAUGAUAUGGAAGCUACAGGAGCCGAAAUUUUUGAUGAAGAAUUAAGAUCUAAGAGAAGAGCAGAAUUGGAAGAUCGUAGAGAACUUGAAGAAGAACAAAGAAGAGCAGAAAUGAAAAGACAAAGGAAAAUGAAACAAGGGAGAUGA